AUGACUGCAACGGAGACGCUGCCUGCGCCUGCUUUGACGAUCGAGGUCGCACGCAGGUCGGAAGAUGUCACCGCACCUCCAUCGACUACGCUGCAACCUUUCGAUAACAUUGUAGAUGAGUCGAUGCCCGCCAGUGCAGAGCCCGAGUACCCAACAGGAGCAAAGUUCUACAUCAUCUAUCUACGGCUGUCCCAGCAAUCACCGAUCACUUUCACACUGUCGCCGAUAUUGGCUGGUACCUCCUCAGCAUACCGCCUCCCACUGUGUGCCUUCCAAUUCUUCUUCGGCAAGCUGUACAAAAUCUUCUCGGUCAAGCGUGUGAUGCUAGCUUCAGUACGUAUCUUCCUGCUGGGAAGCCUACUGUGCGCUGCUACUGCAACGUCGAAGAUGUUUGUUUUCGGAAGAGCUGUAGCAGGCCUGGGGUGCGCGGGUAUACUUGCUGGCUGUUUCACGUUGCUGGUGCAGAUACUGCCGCUGCGCUUGCGGCCGUUGUACACUGGUCUGUUUGGCGGCAUCGAGACAGUUGCCGUGGUCGUUGCGCCGAAAGCCAUCUUUGCUCAACUGGACCUCUUGGGCUCUACACUCUUUGUGCCAGCCAUCACGAGUCUGUUCCUUGCCCUGUCGUGGGCAGGCACAAAGUACGCGUUUGAUAGUCCUCUCGUGCUGUGUUUAUAUGCAGCAUUCGCUAUCCUCAUAGCCGGCUUCGCGUGGGACCAGUAUCGCAAGCAAGACGCUGCACUGCUUUCUCCCCGGAUAUUCCGGCGACGCAGCAUCAUCGCCGGCUUCAUCUUCUCCUUCUGCUGUAACGGCAGUCUGAAUAUAAUCAACUACUACAUGCCAACAUAUCUACAAGUGGUGCGAGAGUACUCGCCAGCAACGAGCGGGUACCUGAUGGUGCCAAUUAUCGUCGGCUUCCUCAUCGGCAUGCUCAUGCAUGGCGCGGGCACGAUGUUGACAGGCUUCUACACGCCAUUCAUGCUCGCGGGAUCCGUGCUCAUGCCAUUGGCUGCGGGUCUGGUGACCACCUGGACCCUGGACUCGGGUCUAGCCAAGCUUAUCACCUACUCUGGCCUCCCGGACGGUCCACUGGGUCUGAGCGUGAUCCUCUUCGCUCAGCACUUCGGACCAGCGCUCUUCGUCUCGGUCGCUCAGACCAUCUUCACGAACCGCCUUGCCGUCAGUCUGCAUGCAGUUGCGCCGCAGCUUGACGCAAAGGCUAUCGAGCAAAUGGGUCUCGGGCAGCUCAAGUCCAGUAUCGGCCCGCAAAAGCUGCAAGACGUGCUACUCGGCUUCGACAGGUCACUAGUGCAGACGUGGUAUCUGCCGCUUGGGCUGGCAUGCGCAACGGCCGUUGGUUCCUUGAUGAUGGAGUGGCGGUCGGUGAAGGAGAAGCGGAGCUAG